UAGUAGGCUGGCCGCUGCUGCUGCUGCUGUAGUGGUGUGUGUGUGUGUGUGUGUGUGUUUGUAUGUGUGUCUGCUGCCACUCGUACACAGUUUUGCUUUGGUCGGACUGAGCAGACAGCAGAGCUUGACGUCUGGAGAGAGGAAAACAGACAGGUAGCUUAGUUCGGGCAUGAAAGAAAAGAUGGAGCUCUCGGCGACGGGAGAUCGCGUUUUCGCCGCGGAAGCCAUACUGAAACGCCGCGUCCGCAAGGGAAGACUUGAAUACCUGGUAAAAUGGAAAGGAUGGGCAAUGAAGCACAGCACUUGGGAGCCAGAGGAGAAUAUUCUGGAUGACCGGCUGAUAUUGGGCUUUGAGCGAAAGGAACGGGAAAGAGAAAUGCACGGGCCAAAGAAACGGGGACCAAAACCCAAAAACUUUGUCAUGAAGGCUCAUGCUCAGAAAGGAGGGACCAGCAGCCGAGCCUCAAACUCCCGCCAGACUACAUCGCGCUCCUCUUCGUCUCCUUCCAGUCGAGCUACUCCUUCCUCCUCCGCCUCACCUCAUUUAGCAUCGUCGUCAUCCUCUUCCUCAACUGUGGCACCCUCUCCCAAACUCAAUUCCCUUGCAGCUACACACAAGCUGAAGAAAGACAUUCACCGCUGUCACCGGAUGUCCAGGCGCCCGCUGCCCCGCUCAGACCCCAUGGCGUCCUCCUUCUCCAACCCCGGCGGCUUCCCCUCCCGCCUGCACGUCUCACCCUUCUCCGAGACCGUCCGCAUCCUCAACCGUAGAGUCAAACCACGGGAGAUCAAGCGAGGUCGGAUCAUUCUCAACCUGAAAGUCAUUAACAAGCCAGGUAGGGGUGGCACAGCUGCAGGCGGCAGGAAUCUUACAGAAGGACGCCAAAACAUCCCUUCCCGCAAUCGCAUUAUCGGGAAGAAGGGAGAUGCACCCUAUAGACCUUUCCAGCCCCCUCUGAAGAUGCUCGGGUUCCCGAUGUAUGGGAAGCCGUUUGGGCUGCAGUGUGGGGGCCCUUUGUCCUUCCACUCCCACCCAGGCUCCAGCACAGGGGCCAGGAACACCCACUCUACUUCCUCCAAGCACCAGUCGCCGCCUUCUCCUUCCAGCUCCGUGGACUCUGAAGGAAAAUCUCGCACCAACGCCUCAGCUGCUAAGCCAGCCACGGGAGGCUCACCUUCCAGAGAGGGUGCCAAGUCCAGUAAACCUCACACAGAGACCCAGAAGGGCCAGAGUGCCAAGCAAGCUGCUACCGCCCCGUCCUCCGAUGCGAACCCCUUGGCGUCGGCAUCUUCUUUCCUCCCCUCCUCACCAUCCUCCUCCUUGGACGACGUGGAUGAGGACGAUGCCCUGGACCGUUCAACAACCCCAGAGGGAGGCGGGAAAUGCACUCGCAAAAGCAGGGAAAAACGCCAGCAGCCUCCCGCUGACUCUGGCACCCCCGGGGACCAGAUCUCUGCCCCUGCCGAACCCCAGAGGGUGCCUGCCGAAGGAGACCCCGACUGGCAUCCUGAAAUGGCACCGAGCUGCAAGGAUGUGGUGGUCACAGACGUCACCACCAACCUGGUCACUGUCACCAUAAAAGAGUUCCCCUCCCCUGUCUCACCCUCCGCUAGCCCCGAAAGCGCCUCCUCCCCUCCUCCAAGCACCACCUCUGAUGACGUCUCUCCACCCAAGCCAUAAAAGAUCAGAUGUAAUGAAGUCGAUUGCCAUUGAUGGUGGAAGAAAAUAUCAUGCCAGUGUUGCCACUUCAGCCCCCUUCUACCUUAUUCCUUAAAGGUGUGUCCAUAUUUGUGUAACGAUUAAUUAAAUGCAAUGUAAAUUAACACGCCCAGCCAUUGAAUAGUUAAAAAAAGAGUUUUUUUUUUUUUUUUUUAAAGAAAUGUAUACAUUUGAAAGCGGGCAGCUAAUACGCCCUUAAAUUGCCAUAUUUUGUCCUCUUGCACAGCACGGACUCUGAGGCAGACUUGGAUGGAAACGUUAUUUGUUUUCUUUCACUUGCUUCAGACGUGCAGGGUUUAACUUGUUUGGUGUAAUAACAAAUAGUUCAGCACACUCAACCGUUUGGUGUAAAGCGUGAGCUUUUGUCGAGCACACUUGGCGUGCGUGAAAGAAACCAAUGCUAUUUUGAUUCCGGCCCUGCGGCGGAGGCUUGCAUUGACAGCCUUCAGGUGUCAUGCCCAUUUCCUGCCCCAUAGUUUCAUUGGAAGUCCAGCUUGUUAAUGAUAAAUGAGGUAAUGUGUUUUUGCACUUAACACAGUUGGACUCAUAUAUUGCAUCAAUACAGCGAGGUAAAUGUAAUGCACUUGACUGCAUCGAAAAACAACCUAUUUUAUGUAGUUAUCAAUUUUGCAAGGCCUUUUCCUCUUGCUCUCUUGAACGCACAUGCAUAUGCAUACAGUAGGAAUAAAUAUUUAUAUGCACGCACAACCAUAAAAGCUGCAAAGAAUAUACAAAAACAAUAGUUUUGUUAUUGCUGUCCUUGCCGUCUUUCCCUGCUUGACUUGUUUUCCCACGAACCCACCACCUUCUUUAAAUCUGUGACGUCCACCGAGACUAAACUGGCCGGCAGAUGGUCGUGAUAUUUUCUCUUUAUGCCAGAUUUUUGCCAUAUUCCUUCUCAACUUGUCAUGGUCUAGAAGGUCCAUGAGCUGGACACAGUUCAGGCUGAAGCCACCAACCAAAUGCAGCUAAAAAUAGUUUGUUGAACCUUUAAGCUACUUGGCAGGUGUCUGUGGAACGUGUAUCCAGGCAGUUUUGAUUUGUAAUCAAUAGUAACUGGUACGUCUCUAUAGGGCUGGGCAAUAUAUCAAUAAUGUAUUGAUAUCGUCUUAGAUUUUGGAAAUCGUGAUGUCGUAAAUGGCUUAAGUGUUGUCUUUUCCUGGUUUUAAAGGCUGCAUUACAGUAAAGUGAUGUCAUUUUCUGUGUUACCAGACUGUUCUAGCUCUUGUAUUAUUCUUACCUUUACCCACUUACUCAUAUCUACAUUACCGAAGAUUAAUCAUCUUAAAUCUCAUUGUGUAAAAGCACUAAUUCAACCCUAUAAUAUUGCCACAAUAUCGACAUUGAGGUAUUUGGGCAAGAAUAUCCCGAUAUCUGAUUUUCUCCAUAUCGCCCAGCCCUACAUCUCUCUCUGUACCACAUUGCCAGUUAUAGAGCAUAGUUUCAUCCACGAACUGUCUGUUAGACAGUGGGCCAUUUCUGUGCCAGUUGCCUUUUGGAUAUACCCAAAUAUAAACAGAAAUGUGGUUGAGAUUUUGAUAUCUGUAAAAGUAAGAAGAGGAUUUUUGGAGAAAUGCAAUCUUCCCAUCUUUUUAAUGGGGUCUUUGUCUGACUUUCCAUUAAAGCUGUUGUGUCCUGAACAAUGUGGACACCGCUUCAGUUUUUCAUGUGUAAUGAAGAAUAUUUUCUUUAGUUACAAUCAAGUAAUUUCAGAAGCAAAGGUGUGACAGGUUUCAGCAUCUCUGCUGAUGAUUUGGUAGUUCAGUUGUUGGAUGACAGCAGUUAUAGUUUCACCACUGCUCCCGGUUUGGUUAAUUUUGUCGAAUUCUAUCCAGUGGGGGACAAAAAAUACCCUCUUUAUAUGUUAACCUGCAUUACAGAACACGAGUCCCCAAAUUGACUGCUGUCAAUUGUUAUUGCCUCCUAUUUUAAAUGCAGGUUUUCCUUUUCCAAUCGAAAGCUCAGCCACGGUCUGUAGCAAUGCCGCUUACUGUGACCUAUUUCUUUCUUGCAUUGCUUGGUUGGGCCACUAGCCGAUCAUGGCCCACCCGGGAAAAAAUGAGGUGGCGUUUUGGAAAUUUAGGUUCAGCCACACAUUUUUUGCAUGAAGGGUUUUGGUUUUUGAGUCUCUAUGUUGUGGCUUUUGACCCUGACCUUUUGACCUAGUAAUUUCCGUACUUCUGGUGACACGGUGCUCUUGAGCACAUGCAGAGGUACAAUGAGGAAUUUGACCCAAUGAUGCAUUGAGGUACUGAAAAAACAUGCUCUCUUUGCUGCUUGUUUCUCUGGAGGGAAAUCGCCUCAAGACAAAUGACCCUUUGUCGGUGGCUGAUAAAUGUAUCUACUCUGUCCUUCUCCAGCCACUUCACCUGGCUACAAUCAAUCAGACGCUUCAUUUACUGUCAAAGAUGACCAAGUAUUUAGUUUUCCUACCUUGCUGUUUUUACCUUUUAAUCAAGGCAUAAAUGUCUGACUAAGGACCAGUAGUUUUCAGGCCGGAGAGUCAAGGAUUGUGGAACCAUUGCUUUCUCCAAAUACUAUAUACAUCAAGUGUGCUGUCUUUCCGUGGCAUUAUGUUACAGCCAGAAAGAAAGAAAAGAAGGUGAUAUCCAUCGCCCCCAUGUUCUUCACAAUGAACCGCUGCCGAGCUCUUUCACUGCGGGUUGUUUGCCGCUAAAUGCCUGGCCGCUUGAAAGUGUUUCAAAGUGCACCUCAAGUACUUCAGAAAGAAACCUGACCCUUUAUACACAGACUCUCAACCCUUUUCUGGUGCUGCCUGUUCUUUCUAUACCUUCCCAGACCUUGGCUCCUACUCUGGUGCACCUGUGUGUUACAAUAUUUAAAAAUAAAUCUUCCGCAUGUGUUGCCUUUCAUAGCUUAGCUGCUCCAUUCAACCCCAGCUGCACUGCAGGCGACGUUUACCUCGUCUUACUCGGCUCUCAACGCGCUAAAACAAAUAUACUUCUUUACUUGCCGUGGCUUCAGUGGUAGAGAUAAACAUCACGGUAUCCUAAAAACGGUAACAACCUUGAAAGGCUUCUGAUAUCUUACUUCCCAAAGUUGCAAACGCAGCGUUCCUCCAGGUCUUCGUUAACACGGACGAGGAAGAUGUCGCCUCCUCUCCGGCCGUGCACGGGAUAGUUCUAGUUGUUGUCAAUACUGUUUCAAUACUCUCAUAGGUAAAACGGUCGAAGGAUUUAUUCCAAACUGACACAUCCAUUAUAUGAAGAAAAAAUAAGUGUCUUACUCUUAUGAAAAGGUCUGUAGCUCAAAUUCAAAUUGAAGAAAAACAAAAAAAAGAUCUUGAACUUGAGUCCUUACUUGACAAAGUGAAAACACAGACGUUCUCUUUAAUUUCCAGAAACUGAUCUAAAGGAUUAUUUUCUUCUCCAAAUGGGUAUAUCGUGACUUGGAAUAGGUUUUUUCAUCUACUAUAUCGUUCAUAUUUUUAAGUGGUGGAUAGAAGUGGCUCUUGCAGUUGCUAGAUGUGUAAGGUAUUAGGCUGCUAAGCCCUGUUUCCAACAGUGAUAGCAAUGUUUGUCUUUCUUUUUUUUCAUAUGGAGUAGCACAACUCAACUUAGUGGCCUACCUUUCAACCAAAUAGGGCUCUUGAGUUUAUUAUUUGACUUUUGUAAGCCUUUUUUCCCCCUUUUGAAUUGUUUUACAUUUAUAUGUGAUGUCAUUUUAGGUGCUAAGUGAUUUAUUUGGCACUAAUUAGAAUAAAGGAAGGAUCCUUCUUUAAAUGUAUGGCUACAAAUGCUUAAUGUAUUGAGAGAUUGUGCUUUUUAAGCUGUUUUUCCCCUUUGUACUGUACUUUAAUACUUUUUUUGAAAUAUGCAUAAUAUUGUUAAUGUGAUGCUGUUUAUUUGAAUGCCAUUUUUUUAUUAGUCCAAUAUGGGUUUGAUAAGAAAGCAAACUCCGACUAAUUUUAAUGUGUCAGGACUGCAGUUUUGUCUGGUGUAAUGAUAAUAUGAAUUGUGUACAUUGUAUUGAUGGUAAUAAUGGGGAGUUGGAGGAUAAUGAUGACAGUGUAAUGUAUCUGAACUUCCGAAGCAUGUUUUGCCAACCCUUAUUGUACAGAUUAUGUAUUCAAUGUCAUGUUACCUGUUGUUGCUUUCGGUGUGUUUCUUCAACAAGGCUUUUAAUUAAAAGCUCUUUAAAAAGCAA